CGUCGACAACCGGUACAAUGCCAUAGAAAAAUACCCAAAACUUGGACCGUGAAUGUUUCGAAGAUCUUGUACGAAUCAUGGUGGAUCCUAGCUAUUCGUACGCUUAGGCUUGAAUCGUUUCACCGUCGUAAGGUUAAGAACCAGUGCACUGUAGAGCCUUACUCUCGAUAGCGACUCUCGAUUCAUCCAAUGGACACCGAGCACGAUGUAGUUGGUCGAAACGAGGAAUGCGUGUCUCGUGGUUUGUCCCGUCGAAGAAGACGCGACGCAAUAAUUCACGAUCGUUUGCGAUUGCGUGUGGGCGUUGUUAUCUUGCCGUUAUAAAUACCGUGGACUUUCAACUUUCCAUUUAAUAGUUCUUCUGCCGUUAUCGUGGCUCGCCGGAUAUCGAGAGAAAGAGUGGUAGGAGGGAAAAUAAAUAACCGGGAUAUAGUAAACGGGAGCGAUCUCUUUAACUCGUCCUCAGUACGUUUCUUGCGCUCGCUGAGUAACACGCCUCGCCGGUUAACGCUUUUAUCAUACGACGCGACCGAUUCAUUCACGUUCGUGGCCCGCGACGCGCGUCAGCUUCUUUCAUUCGAACGAGUCCAAUUUACAGAUUACGUUCCGGGGAAACAAGACGAUACGAGAGCCCCGUAGACAUGGUCGUUCCCACAGAAUAUGCUCUCAUCGAGGCGAUACAGGUAGCACCUCUUGUGCUUUCGGACGAUGUGAGACGACAAAAGAUCGAGCAGAAAGUGGCGCAAUUGCAAUUUUCGGCCGCGACCGUGAGGGAGAUCCAGGACGUCUUCCUGUCAGAAAUGAACAGGGGGAUUCAUCAGCAGCCAUCGUCGUUGCAAAUGGAGAACACUUACGUCCCGGAACUCCUCGACGGCACAGAGGAGGGUCUCUUUUUGGCGUUGGAUCUCGGGGGCACGAACUUCCGGGUGGUUUUAUUGGAGCUGGCUCAUGGAAAACCUAUAAGAGAUGAAGUGAGGAAGUAUCACAUUAGCUCCGAUUUGAGAGCCGAUUCGGGGAUUCGUCUGUUCGAUUAUUUGGCCAAAUGUGUCAGUGAUUUCGUCAUCGAGCAGGGUCUUCAGGACGUAGAGCUUCCCCUUGGUUUCACCUUUUCAUUUCCUAUGAUUCAACAUUCCUUGGACAUUGGGAUACUAGUAACUUGGACGAAAACCUUUAGUUGCCCCGAUGUGGUGAACGAGGAUGCUGUGAGAUUGCUUCGCGAAGCUCUGGCUCGUCGCGGCGAUACCAAAGUAAAUGUUGUGGCCAUUUUGAACGACACUACGGGUACCUUGGUUCAAGGAUCGACUUUGGAUCCUGAUACAGCGAUUGGACUCAUACUAGGUACUGGAAGCAACGCAUGUUAUCUUGAACGUGCCGAACGAGUCGAGCAUUGGGAGACCGAAAGACACGGAGAACGCGAAGUUAUCAUCGACAUCGAAUGGGGUGCAUUUGGAGAUAACGGUGUCUUGGACUUCAUCAAGACAGAUUACGAUCGCGAGAACGACGCGAACUCUCUUAUUGUAAAUUCAUUCACGUUCGAGAAGUAUAUUAGUGGAAAAUACUUAGGCGAACUCGUGCGAAUAGUGCUCACGAGGUUAACCAACGAAGGACUUUUAUUCGUAGGGGAACACACGCCGGGAUCUAUUCUAAUUCCUGGAAAUCUUACCAGCGAUUUGGUCUCGGAUAUCGAACAAGACACUGUGGACGGCGAUUACAGCAACACCAUAGCAGUUCUGAGGAAUUUCGGUAUCGUACCGGACGAAGAGGACGUGAAAAUUGUUCAGUACGUUUCCGAGGUAGUGUCCAAUCGCGCGGCGCUCCUUGUAUCGAUAUGUCUUGCGGUCUUGUUGAAACGAAUUGACAAGGAACUCGUAACGAUUGCUGUAGACGGAUCCCUUUACAAGCACCACCCUAGACUGGAAAUUUGGAUCAGACAGUAUAUUCCAUUGCUAGCUCCCGAUCAUAAGUUCAAAAUAAUUCACGUUGAGGAUGGGAGCGGAAAGGGCGCUGCCCUGGUGGCCGCAAUCGCGCAUAGACUUCAGGAAAGGACGUAAUAAUACAAAUUAAAAAUUCCAAGUACGCUGGCCUAUAAUAAGUUUUUGUUAGUGGUGUCAAUGAUACGCAUCAGAUCUCUAGUUAAGUCCCUAUUGCAGAGUAUAACGUAAGUUUAACGGCCAUGUACAGUCAUAUUCCUUGUACUAAUAAUGUGAUUAGUCAUGUUGUUGAUCUUCCACUUUUGGAGCACUUAGGUAUAUUUUUGUUCAUGUUUUUUAUUGGAAAUUGGUGGUCGAAUAAAUAAAAUAAUUUAAACGAUAUAACUUUUACUAAGCUUUAUUUGAAACAUUUGGAAGGCACGUCUUUACGCAUUGAAAGAAACAUACAGAAUGAGAAAGGUCAGUGACGAAGAAUUCGUCCCGUAUCCGUAUCUCUAAACGCAACAUACGCGUCGAUGGUUUUUGUUACAUAAAGAAAACUUUCUCUUUUAGAAGAGAAAAACCAACAUUUUUAAACUCGUUGCGUACAAAUUGUUAUACAAAGAGUGUUGUUACGAGAAUAUUUCGUUGUUACUCGCUACGCGAUAAUCCAAAGAACUGGAUCGAUAUCCUUUUGCCCGUUUUCGAGCGAUUCAUCGAGCUUGACAAGCACCUUGUCCUUGUUAUAUUUAGAUAUCGUUUGCUUUUGCAAGGAAAGCCUUGGAAUACGUGAUUUUUUAGAAGAAUUAGUGUGUAAUUCGCCUAGAGCGUUGUUCGUGCAGCGUUUAUAGAGUUCAUGCUUAUGUCUGAACGCAAGAAUUUAUCUUCCUCGCGUUGUUCGAAAUACUCAUGUCGUUCUUUGUAAUUAGAAGUCUUGCCUUUCAUCGUCGUUACGUAAGGUCGGUUCGAUCUUACACUCGCGUAGAGUGUAAUUCAUAUAUGUUAAAAAACAAACGUGUCGCUGGGUUCGACGUUUGAUCUUUUGAAAAUGUACAAAGUUCAAUAGCGUUUGUAAAAAGUGUUACCGCCCUUUAAGGUAGACUUAUGAAACUCGUAUUACAUACAUGCGCCAAAAAUGAUCCACUUAGGGCGCAGGGAGAAAGUGUGGCGUGUGCGAAAGUAGUCGUGUGACAUUUUUAGGAACAAAAAAAACAAAGGAUCGAUCACGAUCGGGGUGUAUAAGAGCGAGCAUUUUUCGAGCAUCGUUAGCGAUUUGUUUACAGCUCCACAUUAACAGUGAGACAAGAUUGUUACGUGGACCAUUAAGUGAAGCUAGACUAAGAGUGAGAGAGAGAGAGAGAGAGAGAAAGAGAGAAGAGUAUAUACAAUGUAAAGAUAAAGAAAGUGUUGGUAAACGUAUAGAAAUUGUAAAAAGAGCACAAAUAUUUGUAAAAUACGUUAUUAUAUCUUGUAAAUGAUUGCGAGGACGUUCGGGUUUUUGUACUAGAGGAACGUGGUGGUUAUAAUAAAAAUUGAAUCGAAAAUUGA